UGGCAGGGUGCAGAGAGGAAGGACCCGUUGGUGGCACCAAGCCCAUCUCUGCCCCAGACCAGCGUCUCUCCCUGCUCCUCCACCUUCGGUGCCUCUCUCUCCACCCCGGCUUCUCCAAAACACCCACAUCUCCAUCCCGUCGCCUGCUGCAGCACAGGAGCCACGGGUGGCCGCCAGCGUGGAGGAGGCAGAGCCAUGGCAUCGCUGCCGUGCAACGCCCGCAUCCAGCUCACUGAAACACUGGAGCAGAUGCAGCAAGGGACGCUGAUGCGCAAAGUCAAGUCCAAGAGCUGGAAGAAGCAGCGGUACUUCAAACUGCAGGAAGACUGCAUGACCAUCUGGUACCAGUCCAAGAGGACAGGCAAAACUGAGUCUGCCUUCUCCAUUAGCGAUGUGGAGACGGUGCGGGAAGGGCACCAGUCAGAGGUGCUGCAGAGCCUGGCUGAGGAGUUCCCCCCCGAACGCUGCUUCACCAUUGUCUUCUAUGGCCGCCGGGGUAACCUGGACCUCAUUGCCGCUUCGGCGGAGGAGGCACAGUGCUGGGUCCAGGGCCUGCGCCAGCUCAUAGAGGUGGCCACCAGCAUGGACCAAAGGGAGAAGAUAGACCAAUGGAUUCGUGACUGGUUCCAGAAAGCUGACAAGAAUAAGGAUGGGCGCAUGAACUUCAAGGAGGUGCAGCGUCUCCUCAAGAUGAUGAAUGUGGACAUGAAUGAGGACCAUGCUCUGCGGCUCUUCCAGGCUGCCGACAAGUCAGAGUCAGGGACGCUGGAAGGGGAGGAGUUUGUGCUCUUCUACAAGGCCCUCACACAGCGAGAAGAGGUACUGAGCCUCUUCCAGGACUUCUCCGAGGAUGGGAAGAAGCUGACGCUGCUGGAGCUGGUGGAUUUCCUGCGGCAGGAACAGCUGGAGGAUGAGGGCACGGAGGAGCUGGCCAUGGAGCUCAUUGACAAGUAUGAACCAUCGGAGACAGCCCGGGCUCGCCAUGCACUGAGUGCCGAUGGGUUCCUCAUGUACCUCUGCUCCCCGGAGGGCUCCAUCUUCAACCCCCGGCACCAGGCGCUGUGGCAGGACAUGAGCCAGCCACUCUGCCACUACUUCAUCUCCUCCUCCCACAACACCUACCUGAUAGAGGACCAGAUCCGGGGCCAGAGCAGCAUCGAGGGCUACAUCAGGGCUCUGAAACGGGGCUGCCGGUGCCUGGAGGUGGACUGCUGGGAUGGGCCAAAUGGGGAGCCCAUGGUGUACCAUGGCCACACCUUCACCUCCAAGAUCCCCUUCCGAGAGGUGGUGAGCACCCUGGGCAAGUACGCGUUCAAGACCUCAGACUACCCGGUGAUCCUGUCCCUGGAGAAUCACUGCAGCAUGGAGCAGCAGGAGGUCCUGGCCCAGCAGCUCAAGACCAUCUUGGGGGAACAGCUCCUCACCACCACCACUGAUGGGCGCGUUCCUACCCAGCUCCCAUCCCCAGAGGAGCUGAAGCACAAGAUCCUGCUGAAGGGGAAGAAGAUCGGACGGCUGGAGGACACACUGGAUGGCCCAGGGGAUGAGGGGCCCGAUGUGUCCGAUGAUGACAACGGGGCAGAGGCAGAAGAGGAGAGGAGGAGGGUGAAGAAGGACAAGGAGAGCCUGGCACAAGCAUUGUCUGACUGUGUUGUCUACUGCAAGAGCGUGUCCUUCCGGGGCUUCCAGGAGGCCCGCAGCCAUUCCCGGCCCUCUGAGAUCUCCUCCCUUGCUGAGGCCAAGGCCAGGAAGCUCAUUCGGGAUGCCGGGAAUGAAUUUGUGCGCCACAAUGCCUGGCAGCUGACACGCAUCUACCCCAGCGGGAUGAGGACUGAUUCCUCCAACUACAACCCCCAGGAGAUGUGGAAUGUGGGAUGCCAAAUCGUGGCCCUGAACUUCCAGACAGCUGGCACGGAGAUGGACCUGUGUGACGGGCUCUUUAGCCAGAACGGCCGCUGUGGCUAUGUGCUCAAACCACCCUUCAUGAGGGACAAGGAGACUCUCUUCAAUCCAAGUGACCCCAGCAGCCGGGAGAGCUCUGGUCCCAUCACCCUGACGAUCCAGGUGAUCAGUGGGCAGCAGCUGCCCAAAGUGGCCAACAGGAAGGAUGGAGAAGUCAUUGACCCACUGGUGCGUGUGGAGAUCCACGGGGUCCCUGCAGACCAGGCACGCCAGGAGACCAAGUACAUUGAGAACAAUGGUGAGCCCCACGGUGGUACAAGGGACCCUGCUGCACCCAGGCAGCCUCCCUGCCCUCCCAGCACCAAUUCUCCUUUCCCAGGGUUUAACCCCCGCUGGGAUGAGACGCUCCAGUUCCAGCUCCAUGUGCCUGAGCUGGCCCUCGUCCGCUUUGUGGUGGAGGAUUAUGACAAGACCUCCAGGAAUGACUUUGUGGGCCAGUUCACCCUCGCCUUUGCCAACAUCAAACCCGGCUACCGCCACAUCCAUCUCCUCUCCAAGGAUGGCACCAGCAUCCCGCCCUCUUCGCUCUUUGUCCACAUCCGCAUCACUGAGCCACCUGGCCCUGAGCAGGACUGAGCUCGUGGGGUGAGCAUGACCCGGAUGGAAGCCAUAGAGCCAGCCCCAAGGGGCUGGAGCCACGGAGCCAACUGCCUUGCCCUCUUCUUGAGCCAUCUGUGUCAUCUCCAUCAUCAUUGCUGCUGUGCCCCUCUUUGCAGUAGCCUCAGAAGUGUGGGAAAAGGCACGACCUCCCUCCCUUUCCCAGGUUUGGGAUACUGCCUCCCAUAUGUGAGCAUGGGGUCUGUGCUGGUGCAGCCCACCGUGUCCCCCCAACAUGGAUCAUGCCCUGGCCUACAGCACAGCUUGGCCAUGGGGAGGAGAGAGAGAUGAUGCACAGCACUCCAGCUCUGCCACAGGGGCUGAUCCCCCCCAGCCAGGGGAGCAAGGCUGGAGCAGAAUAAACCCCAGGGCUGGGUAGAGCUGGGAAAGGAAUUGGUCCUUGCUGCCCCCCAC